UUUCGGUUCUUUCCAAGUUCUCAUUCAUUUUCUCUCUUCUGGGAAACCACUUUGCCUACACAAAUGCAAUGCUCAAGCUUUGCAACCGGCUGUUGGGUAUGUUUUGAAUUCUUGUGUUAAUUGGUCCAACUUCAUCUUCAUGUCUUUCUGAAUACCAAGUAGCUGGAAAUUGGAAAACGUUGUUAGAAAUUUGCGGAGUUGCUUGGUUUGUAGCGGAGUUUGAUUGUGACAAGGAAUAGAGGAAGGGAUGAGUGCUACGGCUGAUGGGGUCAAGUACUCACCCGACUGGUUGGUUAAACACUCAAUUGUUUCUGUUGAGGAGAAGCUCGACGAUCUUCGGCGUUUAAUGGGCAAAGCUGAAGGUGAUCCGGUCCGGAUAGUUGGCGUAGGGGCUGGAGCUUGGGGGAGUGUGUUUGUUGCAAUGUUGCAAGAUAGUUAUGGACACUUAAGAGAGAAGGCCGUGGUGAGAAUAUGGAGACGAUCUGGAAGGCCUGUGGAUAGAGCCACAGCUGAGCAUUUGUUUGAAGUCAUCAAUUCAAGAGAAGAUGUGUUGAGGAGGCUGAUCAGGCGCUGUGCUUAUUUGAAAUAUGUCGAGGCCAGAUUAGGGGACCGGACACUUUUUGCGGAUGAGAUAUUGAGAGAUGGGUUCUGUCUGAAUAUGAUUGACACUCCUCUUUGCCCUUUGAAGGUUGUCACCAAUUUGCAGGAGGCUGUGUGGGAUGCUGACAUUGUGGUGAAUGGGCUGCCUUCAACUGAGACUAGUGUUGUGUUUGAGGAGAUUAGUAGGUAUUGGAGAGAUAGGAAGACAAUGCCGAUCAUAAUUUCUCUUUCAAAAGGUGUUGAAGCUGAAUUGGUGCCUGAACCGCGGAUAGUUACUCCCACUCAGAUGAUCCAUCGAGCAACUGGUGCUCCUGUUGAAAACAUUCUCUACCUUGGAGGACCCAACAUUGCCUCAGAGAUAUACAACAAUGAAUAUGCUAAUGCUCGGUUAUGUGGAGCUGAAAAGUGGACAAAGCCAAUGGCCAAGUUUUUAAGGCAGCCACACUUCAUUGUGUGGGACAAUGGUGACCUUGUUACUCAUGAAGUUAUGGGUGGCUUAAAGAAUGUCUAUGCGAUUGGAGCUGGAAUGGUAGCUGGGUUAACCAAUGAGAGCGCCACCAGCAAAUCUGUAUACUUUGCACAUUGUACAUCAGAGAUGAUAUUUAUCACUCAUUUAUUGGCAGAAGAACCAGAGAAGCUAGCAGGACCUUUAUUGGCUGACACGUAUGUAACCUUGUUGAAAGGUCGUAACGCAUGGUAUGGACAAAAGCUGGCCAAGGGGGAGUUAAACCUUGAAAUGGGUGAUAGCAUCAAGGGGAAGGGUAUGAUUCAGGGAGUCUCUGCUGUGAAAGCAUUUUAUGAGCUGCUUAGUCAGGCCUCUUUAAGUGUCAAACAUCCUGAAGAAGACAGGCGCAUUGUUCCUAUUCAGCUUUGUCCUAUCUUGAGGAUUCUAUAUAGUAUACUAAUAAAAAGGGAGUUCCCUCCUGAGGCUAUUCUUGAAGCUUUAAGGGAUGAGACAAUGCAUGACCCUCGGGAGCGUAUUGAGAUUGCACAAACCCAUGCUUUUUACAAGCCAUUUCUUCUUGGUCAGCAGCAGCUUCCCUCUAAAUAGCAAGAAGUGUUGGCAUAAAAAUCAAAAUAGCAUUUUCUGUCUGGUGGUGAUUGUAUCUGCAGAAUGCCUGGGUACAUAUGGUCACUACUGUUGUGUAUUGUUUAAAGUUGGUGUAGAU